AGCGUUAUAAAGAGAGCGGUAAAGAGUAGAGAGAGACAGAGAGAGGAAGAGAGAGACAGAGAGAAGAAGAGAGAGAGCAGGCUGAGAGAGAGAGUGAAGAGCGUUUGGUUUCCGUUUAUUCUGUUAAUAUAUGUGUGUACCAGCAUGGUGUCGGACCAAGAAAUAGCGGAAGGUGUGGAGACUGUUCUCCGUCAAUCAGGCCCUAACGACGUCACCUCCGUAAACGGUGUCGUUCAGCAGCUCGAGGCCAAGCUAGGGUUAGACCUGUCCCACAAGGCUGGCUUCAUUCGGGACCAGAUCAGCUUCCUCCUCCGCCCGUACGCCCAACCGCAACCCCAACACCAACCUCCGAAAGACCAUUUUGCCCUCCACACCAACCCCCAGCACCAUUACCACCACCAUCCUCAAUUCCUCCCCCAACAAUUUCCUCCCCAUUUUGCCCUCCACCCCCACCACCGCGCCCCCGAGCCCCACAGCUUCCAGCAGCCGCCGCCGCCUCAGCAACUGCGGCCUCAGGCUCAGCUGCAGCCUCCCGCUGUGAAGCACGAGGCCUUGGCGCAGAAUGCCACUAAAGUCGCCCCAGAAACUCCCAAAGAGAGUGCUCCGGCUUCUGGAACCAAGAGAAGAGGUGGGCCAGGGGGUCUUAACAAAGUCUGUGGUGUCUCACCUGAGCUUCAGGCUGUUGUUGGUGAACCGGCCUUGCCAAGGACUGAGAUUGUAAAGCAGCUCUGGGCAUACAUAAGGAAGAACAACCUCCAAGAUCCAAGUAAUAAGAGAAAGAUAAUUUGUGAUGAUGCCUUGCGUGUGGUAUUUGAGACAGACUGUACUGACAUGUUCAAGAUGAAUAAGCUGCUAGCUAAACAUAUUAUACCCCUUGGACCUAACAAGGAGUCAACUCAAGCUAAACGAUUGAAGUUAGAGGCCAAGUCCACCACUGAUAGUACUGAACCUCAACCUCAAGUUCAACCACAACCACAACCUGGUUCCCCUACUGUAGGAAUAUCUGAAGCACUAGCUAAGUUUUUGGGCUUUGGAGGAAGGGAGAUGCUCCUAUCUAAGGCAAGAAGCCUUGUUUGGGAGUAUGUAAAGGCUAACCGUUUGGAGGAUCCUUUAAAUUCUACGGUGAUAUUAUGUGACGCAAAGCUCCACGAGCUUCUUGGAUGCGAAAGCAUUUCUGCAGUGGGGUUGCACGAGAUGUUAGAUCGCUAUCACUUGUUCAAACAAUUGUGAUUUCUGGUAGUGUUGACUGGUGCAUGGGGACCUUUGCCAUCUGGUCUCUUCUGAUGGUAGAAAAGAUAGGAAAGAAGCUUUUUUUUUCUUCUUUGUUUAUUUCUUUUUUGUGCAUUGACGUGGUUAGGUGUCUUACUUGUCGUGGUUAUUUAUAUGUAGAAUUGCUAUGUGCUGUGGGUUGAUGGCAAGUUUCUUGGUUUAUGCCAUUGCCCGGGGUUUAGUUCUUUUUAGUUGUCUUCUCCUAACCCAGAAACUGUGACAGAAGAUAAAUGCUCUGUACAGCGUGGAAGGACCCUUUGCAUUUUCUUAGAUGGCUGGCAGUAAGUGUUAGUUUUGACUGCAGCUUUUGUGUAUCUUGUUACAUGGCAGUAAACUCCUCUUUUAACUCCGA